AUAACAAGCUGCUGGAAAAAUCCAGCUCAAGUGACCUCGCUGUGCAGUCCGAAGCCCCUUCCGAAGAGCCCCAGACGGGGGGUCCUGCUCGCAGGCUGGCCAGCCUAGCUGUAGAACAGCUGGACGAGGAGGGUCAGCGCUGCCAGCUGCAGAGCCAGGCGGAGGAACUGGGCUGUAGGAACAGUGCCCGGAAGGCUAAGGACGACUCGCUGCAGAGGUGUGUCCAGGAGCAAGAUGGGGAAUUUCGCCCGGCCCUGGAGUCCCAGGGCGCCCUGCGGAGGAGAGGGGUCUGCACCCAGUGCAAGAGUGACAGGACUGAGAGAGAAUUGGAAAAAGUAGAAGUAGGAGAGCAGAAAUCUGCCAGCAGAAAUGAUCCGGAAGAGAAGGAAGGAGGUGAAAAGCUGUUUAAAAGGCCCUGUAGGCAAAAACGUGAGAACUCGGCCAGCAGCGAGUCAGAGGAUCAAGACUGCUGCGUCCCCUCCUGUGUGGCCGACGAACGAAAAGCCCACAUCUCUGAGAUCGAUGCCAUCACCUUCAGUCCAGAUUCAAGCAUGCUGGCUACGGGUGGGUCGGACGGGCUGAUUAAGCUCUGGAAUGUGGCUGGAGGCUGCCUACGGCCGACGCAGACCCUGGAAGCCUCAACCGGCAGCAUCACCGGCCUUGAGUUUAACCCCUCGGGUCGUCUCCUCUUAGCCGCCACGUACAACAACGCUGCUCAGCUGUGGAAGGUUGGAGGCAGGCGCGUCAAGGAGAUUCUCACAGGGCACACUGACAAAGUGACAGCUGCCAGAUUCAAGCCUGUGUGGCACCAGGCGGUGACGGGCAGCCGAGACAGGACCGUGAAAGUGUGGGACUUGGCCAAAAUGGCAUGUUUUAGGACCAUCCAGGUCUUCUCUUACUGCAAUGAUGUUGUGUGUUGCGACAAUGUCAUUGUGAGUGGGCACCACGACAAGAGGAUCCGUUUCUGGGACAGCAGGUGAGUGCUCCAGAAGCAGGCGUACCCCCAUUCAGCUGACAGCACCAGGGUGGUAGGAUGCCCUCCCUGGAGAAGCUCGCCUGGCCCCCGCUUCAUCCCACCACGGCUCUGCAGAAAACGGGCUUCUCCAGCUGCUCCUCUUUUCCUCUGUUCCUGAUUGCUUCAGUGUUAGGGACAGGCAAGGAUGAGAUCCCAGGUAUUUUCCCAGCCAACCUCACUUUCACAGCUCUGCUUCACCUUCCAUUCCUAAGCUGUAGCUUAACAAGAGUAAGACCUCUUACCUUUCCCCAACUUAGUGCCAUCUGUCAGCUCCGAGAAUGCUUAACUCUACUGGCCAAAGCUUCUGGGGUUUGAAGUCCAAGUCUUCGGCUUGCGGGGAGAUGUUUGAGAUUCUGCUUCCUUUUCCCGUCCCCUUCAGAGAGGCAAGAAUAACACCCUCGCUGGCUCUUUCUGCUAUAUACCUGGGCUGGUGUGCUUGGCAGGUGAUUUGCACGGGGCACUUGGUCAGGUGAAGACUGCUCAGCUCCGUUUCUACAGCGUGCUGCCUUGGAUUAUGUUAUGCCUUGCUUAAGCCAUGGGUCAGUGUGUUGUAGACACCCAGAAAGUGGGUUGACUGGGCCACCAGGUUAAAUAUGUUGUGUGAACGCUGCAGUUCAUUAACCUGGUGGGAAACAGCCAAAGGCCGUGUGCUACUCCUCUUCCCCCCAUUUCCUCCUUUGCUUCGAAUUCUUAUUCUGCAAAUUGGGAAAAUCGGGAUAUUCAAAGAGAUCUUCCCGUUGCUGGCUUGCAGACAAGCACUGGCAAAACGAAGCUUUUCCAG